AUGGUCGACUACUUUUUGACCAACCUUGCUGGAAAGGAGAAUGUGCUGCAGAUUCACUUCCAAUCCAUUACCACACUGAUGCCUAGUGGAUAUUUUCUUCUGGAAGCACCUACCGGAUUUGCAAUUCAGGAGAACUGUGCUGUCUUGGAGAGUUUGGCAUUGGAGGAGCCCUUCCAGGAUUUGGCUGCGAGUGGUGCAAAUCUCCAGUGCAGCAGCCUGGUGCUUUUUACAACCCAGCAUGUACAGGUCACCAUCUUCGUGUCAAGUGGCACGGUGAAGGCAGCCGCCUAUAGCUUUGGCCUCAGCGCCCGAAACCCUCUUGUGCCGGAGCGAGGCCUUCUUUGGACUAUCUCCAGCUUUGCGAAUCCGCAGCAGAUUGCAGACCUGAGUUCCACUGUGGAAGGUUUUCAGGUUGAGACGCCAAUGCUCUUCGGUGCAUUGUUGGGACGUGACAGCGGCAUCAGCUACAGCGCCACCCGCCGUGAUGAUCACCCUGGACAGGUGACCAACGUGAUCCUGGCUUUUGAACUGAGCAACACACCCUCGUUUACAGGGGCAGCGACUCUUGUGGUGAAGGCCCCUCCAGGUUUUCAGUUCCCUUCGCUUUGCAGCUUCAUGGUCGUUGGGGACAUCUUUGGGGAUGGCAUCCCUUUUCCUGCGAUCUACUUCCCUUUCGAUCCAAGCGCAGUGGUUUCGAGUUGUCAAGGCCAUGGCCACCGGGCAGAGCUGCAGGUUGGCUUGGGGCUGCGAGCCCAGCGGCGCUACGUGCUGCGCUUGGAGGUGGUCAACCCCGAACAGACAUCCGCUCAAAACUUCUGGAGCAUCAGCUUCAGCGAUGAAGCAAGCGAGCCCUUCGAGGGCUAUCGUCUUUGGCGCUUUGAUGAAGUCUCAGUCACACCAUCAGCCAUUGCUCGCUCCACGUUGGCCGAGGAGACCCCGAACAAUGUGACUAUCCUUUUCCGGACAACGAACGCUUUGCCUUCAACAGGAUUCCUGGCGAUCCAGGCACCUUUUGGCUUCCGGAUUCCCACAAAUUGCCACGCGUCUUUGGUAGAUGCCUUGGCAGAUCAUAUGAGCCACCCAGUCAGCUGCCGUGGCACUGCAUCGCCUUCGAACAUUGGGGAGCUGCAUGUGGCAAAUGAGCUGAUGGCUUUGGGGAAGUACGAGUUAGCUUUGCUUUGUGUCAAUCCCACCAUCAUCACCUUGGAGGCAGGAACCUGGCAAUUGCAAAGCUACUCAACGAAGCAGGCAGACUAUGCGGCACUCUUGGAUUUGGGCCAAGUGAGAGGCUUUCGAUUAACUGAAGUCUUCCACACACUGAAGGUCGUUUAUCCUGUCACAACAGCUCUUGACGAGCUGGAACUUCGUAUCCAGAUCCUACUGUAUACAGCGCUGGAGUCGGGAGAUGUCUUGCAAAUCACUGCGCCUGAUGGGUAUGAUUUUUCAGGCAAUGGCACCGACAGCUGCUCCAAGUACCGCAGGUACUCGACCACGCCAUUUCCGUCGCCGGGAUGCCAAAGCCGGAGCAUCCGAUUCAUCUUGGAAGAAGGCCUUGGCUUGUUGGACCUGCCGGGGAGCACGGAGCGUUUGACACCUUUGCUGGAUUUCAGUGUGGCGACUUGGUAUCCACGAAAGACUUUGAGUGCCCAGGCCACGGUCUUUCAGGGCGAACAGUUGCGUGGGAGCAGUUUGGUGGCGGCGAAGAGCAUCUUUGGACAACUGGUGACCCCACGGCUGCUGGAGCUCUCAGUGUCCCGCGUGGAUCAGAAGGUGACCAUGACCAGCCUGAGCACUUUGAGGUUAACUUUUCGGGUGAGUCAAGAUGCUGAGGCUCUUCAUAUCACGACCGUGCAGGACGUGGUCAGCCAAGACGAAGACCUACGCUUUGACUUCUCAGUGUCACGUGUCACGGAACCCACCGAGGUUCCUGUCACCAGGAAUGAGGUCAACCUAUUGCUGGAGAUGCAGAUGCUUCAGGGCCUCGCCUACGGCGUCACCGUGGCAGAUGUCAGAAACCCUUUGAGCCCUGGCACAGCGCUUUGGACUCUGAGCACCUUUGUCUUCAUCAAUGGAGUCCUUGACGAGAACGUUCGGGAUCGUUCGGUGAAUCUUCUGGGCCCGGUGACUUUGAUUCGUCUUAACAUGCUGGAACAGACAGAUCUCACAGAUCCUUUCUUUGAUAUUGCCAAUACGGAGUUCUUUGUGGCCUUUUCGCUGCUCCAUGGUGUCUCAGCAGGGCAAAUCUUAGAGCUGCGUGCUCCACAGGGUUUUCGCUUCUUGGAACGCAGCUUCAGCCCUGGCGAAGGCUUCCCUCUGAUUUCGGGACAAGUCUUUCUGGACGACGCCUCACCUGACCCCAACGUGCCCUUCUCAUCACGGCCGAGUUUGGCAGUCCAGAUGCUGACACCUUUGGUUGCGGGUCAGAUUGUAAGGUUCUCUGUGAGGCUGCGGACACCCGCAGCACCAGAGGAUUUGGCGCUGUGGGACGAGACGCAUCAGAGCUCUUGGCUGCUGCGUACUUGCCGAGAUCGGCCAUGCGAGGAGGUCACUGCAAGCAACGACGACCUUUUUCCAGGCUUCGUGCUGAAGGCCUCCUUCGGCAGUACCUCACUCACUCCGCAGGCCAACGGCGUGGCACCGCAGCUGUCGGUCACGGUGACAUUGGCAAUCCACCCCAAGGCGUCUUUGGCUUCGCUGCUACAAGGUGGAACUGUUCACGUACGCAUCAGAGCUCCGUUGGGCUUUGACUUCGCAGCGAGCUGCUUAGCCGUGACUCCAAACCGCGUCUUUGAGCGCUGUGAAGGUGAUGGCCGCGUGGCGGUGCUCUUGGCCCGGGACGGAGAGUUAGCCGCUGGCUUCACUUCUGUUGCACUUUUCGUCACCAACGCUGCCAUGACCCCUGCGGAGCGUGUCGGCAACACUUGGGUCUUGGAGUCCUUUGUUGACUUUACAAACACCUCGAUGGUCGUCACGGCGCCAAGUGACCAAGCAAGGCAGCGGUCACAGGUGCCUGGCUAUGAGAUCAGGGAACUUUUGGAGGCCACCAUCGGCGGCAACACUCAACGAGCUGCAGUGACGAUGGUCUUCGUUUGGUUUCUGGCAUCGCAGUUCCUUGAUGUGGGUGGUGCAGUGCAAUUGCACGCGCCCCCGAGCUAUGAGCUGCGCUGCACGCCGCGAGUGCAAUACAUCAGUUUGCCCGCCGGCUCCUGCCGGCUGCUGGCAGGUGUGACAUCGUCCACGGGAGAUGUCUACCACCAGUACCUCUCCUUGGCCUUGACACUCCCUGGCCAACAAGUGUAUCCAAAUACCGCCUACGAGUUUGGUGUGGCGGCCACAAACCCUGCAGCCCCCAUCAGCCCAAACUACUGGGGCUUGGUGCUGUUGAAGCCCGGAAGCGAGGUGGUGGAUUCCACCCGGACUUUGCCAGGGUAUGAACUGACAGAUUACCACCUGUUGGUGCAGGCACCUUUGCCCAGCAGCACACGGCCCGCAGUGGUGAACAUGGUCCAAUUGGACAUCACCUUCCUCAGGCAGCUGCAGCCGGGAGAAGCUGCACAUAUCACGGUCCUGGCACCCAGCACUUCAAAGGUGCUAUGUCAACGGUUUAGCGAUGUGACUGGUGGAGGCAACCUGGCAGCUGCUUUGCCUUUGGAUAACUCCGUGGGCACUUACGGUACUCAUACUUGCCAGCUCCAGAACUCCUUGACGAUGCACCUGGACAUCUCUCGACCGGUUCUAGCUGGUAGCUACGAUCUGCGGAUAGGCGUGUUGAACCCUGGCAUGCGUGCUGCUAAAGACUUCUGGACUGUUGAACUCAUCAAAGAGGUUACUGACUGGCGUACGGCUCCAGCAAUGCUCAAAGUUCAAAUGAACGGCUUUGGCGUGUCUCAGCCUUUUGUGAAGGAGAUUGCGCCCAUUGCCGCCCAGGCCCAAGCCUGGUCAAUAGCUUGGUCAUUGUACCUUUUCAAGCUCGUUCUUCAAGGUGCAGGCUGA